AUGGCCACGGUGGGCCUGUGCAGGAGACUGACCCGCCGCCGGCUGCGCUCCCGCCAGCGCCUUUGCGCUUUUCUGCUGGAGAUGUUUAGCACCUUCCAGAUUUGCGCCUGCACUAACGAGCUCUGCCUGCUCGGCAACGUGGAGCCGAAGCCGCACACCGCCCUCACCCUCACCUACGGCUUCUCCGUCCUGCACGGCUUGACCCUGACCGGCAGCACCUGCAACCCCUGUGGCACCUUGCAGCCCAUGUGGGGCGGUGGGAUGCCGGUCAAGAUGGGUGGACUCAAGAUCGCCGCUCAGUUCGUGGCUGCAGUGCUCGCCAGAAUGUUUAUGCGCUUUAUCUGGAGCCUGGAGAUGGCAGAGCCACAUUUUGGAGCACUCUCACAGAGCUGCAGCAACCCCAUGCAGACCACAGAGACGCAGGCGUUCUGCAUAGAACUGCUCUUUUCUGUCGUUUUCCAGCUGACCAUCCUGCGAGUGGAAAGUGUUAAUCCCAAAUACAGAGUCCAUUUGAUUGCUCUUCUCAUCACCAUGCUCGUGUAUGCAGGUGGAAAUCUGACAGGAGCAAUAUUUAACCCCGCACUGGCUUUUUCAUUACAUGCAAAUUGUUUCUAUGACAAAUUUUUGAGUUACUCACUAGUGUAUUGGAUAGCACCGUCCUUAGGUACAAUAGUUGUGGCUUUUAUAUGGGAUGAAAUCCUUCCUCGGAUAUCCUGAGUCAUCAAAUUCUGAAAUCUAGGAGUACUACAUUAAAAAAAAUACUUUCAACACCUGCAGAUAUGAAGCUUUCAGAAAACUGUUGACA